AUGGCUGAGAACACCCAGAAUCAGUUGGACAUUGAUGUUGAUGGUCCUGAUGAAGGAUCAGAUGGACCCCAGAAUACAUCCAACUUGACCAUUCGACGAGCAGUUAGUGUUACACUUGCGACGCAUGCCGAACUCGCAAGUGAGAGAAAGAUCGACAUCAUCGAUCGCCGUCUUGAGGCGCUCACUGAGCUCAUGCGGGAUAUGAAGAUGAAUAUGCCAUCUGCAAACUCUCAGCCGAGCCAAAACCACACGCCCAAAUCUGAUUCCACACGCCAAUCAUCAGCCCAAGCCUCCAGCUCAACGCCCUACGGCCAUCUUACUCAACCCAAUGCCGACAGCCCGGUCAUUGAAGGAGAGUCUUCUUUAGCUGCUCAUGGUGAAUUUGCAAACGAGUUUCUCAAAAAUGCCGUCGGGACAGAGUCUCUACAAGGCGCCAGUCUUGAGCUACGUGAAACUCUGGAUUCUCUGCAUCACAUUGUCAGCUCAUUGAAGCAACAGACGGCUGCUACAGAGAUGUCUUAUCCGUAUGCUAGACUGGUACCCCGCCCUACACUCAAGAACCAUGAGUUGCCACCAGUACAGACAGCUGUUUCCAUUAUACGGGAAUGUGAAAGUGAGAACUCGGAGAUUUCAGCUUGGAUCAGAGAAUUCUUCUCACUGGAGAACUUCUCUGGCAUGUGCCUUCAUGUAUACUUCUCAGAGGAUGUCGCAGAAGCUGAUUUCAUCCUCGUGAAUGUCGGUCUGAUGUACAUGUUCAUGGAUCGUCAGCAGCGCUCGACCAAUAAAAAAGAACAGGAAGAGUGUGAGGAAUAUUGCAUGAAACUUCGAGAGAACACCGAGACUGCGUUGGCAAACCUUCCUUUUCAUCUUCCUGCGACUUCGAAUAUGAUCUCUGCUCUUCUGCUUGGGGCAUUUUAUGCUAUUGAAAUAUCAAAGCCAUCACUCUCAUGGACUUUGUCAUGCAAAGCAUCUGAGCUAUGCCAAACCCUGGGAUAUCACAGAAUAUCAACUAUGAAGAAUGACAAGCCCAUCGAGGCGCAACGGAAGAAGUUCCUCUUUUGGAAUACAUACUUCAUCGACAAGAGUCUAUCUCUCCGUCUCGGCAGGGCUUCCACUAUACAGGAUUGGGAUGUGACCGUGCCCCUUCCCACUCAGAGUAACAGCAACUCUACCCCUCUGUCCGCCUUUAUCUCGCUUUGGGUCGCUACAGCUCGAUGCCAAGGCCAUAUAUACGAGCUACUUUACAGUCCAGACUCUAUGACACAGUCAGAUGACGUGAGGAGAUUCCGUGCUCAGAAGUUGGUGGCCGAUUUAGACGACAUCGCGAGGAGGAGUCGAGAACUGAGUAGAACCCGAGAAAAGGAAGUCAGGACAAAACUUGGGGAAUAUUUCUUCGACUUCAUUCUUAUCUCUGACGACGUACUCCGGCUUUCAUUGCGUACCCUGAUUUACAGGGCUACUCCCGCGCCCCCUAAUUCCAGAGGGACAUUUAUCCCAGAAUGUAUUGAGGCUGCACGUGCGACUCUGCAGCGUCAUCAAGACUGUAUGAACCUCCUGGGACGAGAUAACACAUUGUAUUUUCCGUCUUAUGUUCACUGGACUGUUCUCUUUGCUCCUUUCAUCCCUUUUAUUGUAGUCUUUUGUCAGGUCAUCGAGACUCAAGACCAAACCGACCUUGCCCGUCUCCACAGCUUCUGUACGUCUAUGGAAACCAGCAUUCCACUAUCAGAUGCAGCGGGUAAGACACACCGCCUGUUCCAAGUUCUCUACACCGUGGCACUUCGUUACAUCGAGUUUCGUACAACCUCCCCUCCUCCAGAACAGACACAAGCAAGCGCUGAGCUUAAUAACUAUCUCGCUGCACUCGGCUUUCCUCCAGCUGGUAUCAACAACGGAGGCCAUCAAGCAACCCACAUGAAUCCUGACCAAACCGGUGCCUUUUCACAGCCUCUGGGGGAUAUGGGCAUGAUUGAUGAUGCAGAGGGUCAAAGAGGGGCAAACACCAUGAUGUGGAUGGGCAAUACGGCGCAGCUUGAGGAAUGGUUCAACAGUAAUCAGCAGAUGAUGGAGUUACUUGAAGAGCCCAGCUUUACGUUUCCUCAGCAGCAAUAA